GGGGCGCAGGCGCGGUGGAGCUCGAAAGGCGAGGCGGGCGGGCGGCCGGACGGUGGGCGCUCCCCAUGCCCCGCUGCCCCCUCUACUCGCUGUGUCUCCUGUUUGCCGUGCUGCCCCUGCACCGCAAUGCCCCCGGGCCCGAGGGCACGGCGCCGGACCCCGCCCACUACAGGGAGCGGGUGCGGGCCAUGUUCUACCACGCCUACAACAGCUACCUGGACCACGCCUUCCCUUACGACGAGCUGAGGCCCCUGACCUGCGACGGCCAGGACACCUGGGGCAGCUUCUCUCUGACCCUGAUCGACGCCUUGGACACCUUGCUGAUCUUGGGGAACGUCACGGAGUUCCAGAGGGUCGUCCACGUGCUGCAGGAAUCGGUGGACUUCGACGUGGACGUCAACGCCUCGGUGUUUGAGACCAACAUCCGCGUGGUCGGAGGUCUGCUGUCGGCCCACCUGCUGUCCAAGAAGGCGGGCGCGCUUGUGGAGGAGGGAUGGCCGUGCUCCGGGCCCCUCCUCAGGAUGGCCGAGGAAGCCGCCCGGAGGCUCCUCCCGGCCUUCCAGACGCCCACGGGGAUGCCGUACGGAACCGUGAACCUGCUGCGCGGCGUGAACCCCGGCGAGACGCCCGUGACCUGCACGGCCGGGAUCGGCACGUUCAUCGUGGAGUUCGCCACUCUGAGCAGCCUGACGGGCGACCCCGUGUUCGAGGACGCGGCCCGGGCGGCCCUCCGGGGCCUGUGGCGCAGCCGCUCCGACAUCGGCCUGGUGGGCAACCACAUCGACGUGCUGACGGGGAAGUGGCUGGCCCAGGAUGCCGGCAUCGGGGCCGGGGUGGACUCCUACUUCGAGUACCUGGUGAAGGGGGCCAUCCUGCUCCAGGACCGGGAGCUGAUGUCCAUGUUCCUGGAGUACAACAAGGCCAUUCGCAACUUCACCCUGUUUGACGACUGGUACCUGUGGGUGCACAUGUACAAAGGGACCGUGUCCAUGCCCGUCUUCCAGUCUCUGGAGGCCUACUGGCCGGGCUUGCAGAGCCUCAUCGGGGACAUCGACAGCGCCAUGCGCUCGCUGCUCAACUACUACACGGUGUGGAAGCAGUUCGGGGGCCUGCCCGAGUUCUACAACAUCCCCCAGGGCUACACCGUGGAGAAGCGGGAAGGAUACCCCCUGAGGCCCGAGCUGGUGGAAAGCGCCAUGUACCUCUAUCGCGCCACGGGGGACCCCACGCUGCUGGAGCUCGGGAGGGACGUGGUGGAGUCCAUCGAGAAGAUCGGCAAGGUGGACUGCGGAUUCGCCACGAUCAAAGACCUGAGGGACCACAGGCUGGACAACCGCAUGGAGUCCUUCUUCCUGGCCGAGACGGUGAAGUACCUGUACCUGCUGUUCGACCCCGGCAACUUCAUCCACGGCGACGGCUCGGCCUUCGAGGCGGUGGCGACGCCCUACGGGGAGUGCGUCCUGGGGGCCGGCGGCUACGUCUUCAACACGGAGGCCCACCCCAUCGACCCCGGCGCCCUGCACUGCUGCCGCAGGCCGCCGCGGGACCGCUGGCUGGUCGAGGACCUGCUGAGGGAGCUGCGCUCCCCCGGCCCCCGGCGCGGGCCCGGCCCCCCGGGCGCGGCCGGCGGGCCCGGGCCGGAGGGGCCGCGGCGGCCCCCGGCGGGGAGCGGGGCGGACCCCCGGCGGAGGAGGGGCUCCCCGCUGAGCUGCCCCGUGCAGCCCUUCGCCGCCAAGCUGGCGCUGCACGGACAGGUCUUCCUAGACCCCGCGUGACGUGACGGCGCCGGGGUUGGGGGAUCGGCCCACCCGAAUAAACGGCCCGCGCCGCCCGCU